AUGAUCCGAUUGCGUGGGGCGCGUGCGCGCUGCCAUCGAGCGGCGCCGCCGGGUGCGGCGGGUGCGGCGGGCAGUCGCGGAGCCGGGCGAGCCCCCGGCGCACGCUUUGUCGGAGCGGGCGGCGCGGGCGGUGCGAAGAUGCGCGCGUGGGCGUGGUGGCUGGCGCUGGCGCUGGCGGGUGCGCGCGCACGCGAGCUGGACCCGGCGGCGUGCGCGGCGCGCUUCGACGUGCAGCGCGACAAGAUCAUCCGCACCGAGGAGUCGCGCGACAUGGGCGCCCGCUACCUCGCCGAGCUGGACGUGGGCUCGCGCGCCGAGUGCCUGCGCCUCUGCUGCGAGACGGACGCCUGCGACGUGUUCGUCUUCGAGGAGAAGAGUCCUGGCAGCUGCUACCUGUUCAAGUGCGGGCCGCCGGAGGACUUCCGCUGCAAGUUCACCGCCCACGGCAACUUCAGCAGCGGCGUGCUGGCGCUCAGCCGCCGCCUGGCCGAGCUCCAGGACCAGGAGCGGCUCGCCCAGCACGAGCGAGAGUUGGAGCGCCUCAGAAAUCCGACGAGUACGAGUAGUGCGGCCCCCGUGGUCGCGCCGAUUAUACUGCCCUCACAGACGCAACAGCUGCCACCAACUCGACAGCAGCUGCUGGAGCAGCCACAGCAGGUGCAGCUGCAGCAGCACAAGCAGCAGCCCCAGACAGUGCCACAGCAGCCGCAGCAACCGCAACAACCCCAACAACCGCAGCAGCCCGUGCUCUCGCCCCAGCAUUCCCAGCAACCACCGACUCCGCCCAUGAGUGUGGCGGCGGCAGGAAGGUGCAGCCGCUACCAGUUCGAGUGCCGCCGCGGAGGCGAAUGCAUCGCGGUGUACAACGCGUGCGACGGCGUGGCGCAGUGCGCGGACGGCAGCGACGAGGCGCCCGAGCUGGGCUGCCCCGCGGCCCCCACCGCCCCGCCGCCCCCGCCGCCCCCCACCACACCACCGCCACAGCCCCGGCCGCAGCCACAGCCACAGUCGCCGCAGCAGGUGACGCGUACUCAGGUUGUCCCGGACGCGCACGACGUCCAGAAUGCGCAGCGAGCACAGCCCAGGCAGGGCAUAGCGGCCGCUCAAGCCAUUCCGGGGCUGGAGGGCGAGGCGGGUGAGGAGGGGGGUGGCGCGGGCGCGGGAGAGGUGUGGCCGCGCCGCCUCGCGCAGGCACAGCACCGCUACAACGCAGGGCUGGUGGGUAGCGCGGGUGCGGGGGGCGGCGCCGGCUCGCCGCACAUCUUCAGCCACCAGGGGGGGCUGCUGCAGCCCGCGCCCUUCGCCCCGCCGUGGCCACACCGCUCCUGGCCGCCGGACCCUUCGCGCAACGAAGAGGAUGGCAUAGAAGGCGUAGGCAACUUGGGGGGAGUGGGGAGCGUGGGCGGUUGGGGCUACUCGCGGCUGGAGCCGUGGCCCGACGAGCGGCGCGCGUGGCCGGUGCCGCCACGAGUCGACCCGGAGAUGGGCGUGUACAUGCCGGCGAAGACGAUGCCUGAGCUGGCGCUGUAUACGGGGCAACAGGCGGCGCUGCGCGACGCGCCCAAGAAGGGCUUGGAGCUGCCCCCCCCGGAGCCAGCGAGGGCGGCUGCGGCCCCACCCGCCACCCUCGGCCCCGACCUCAGGGAGGAGAGGAAACCCGACCCUGUUGAGAACACAACGAAGAAGAAGGCUUUGCCACCUAAUGACCCUCGUUCGCAGAGCGCGGCCGCUGCGGGUGCGGGCGGUGCGGGCGGUGCGGGGGGAGCGGCGGCGGGGGCGGCGGGGGCGGCGGCGGUGGUGGCCGCGCGCGACCCCUACUCGCCGUGGGCGGACGAUCACGACGGUCUCAGUGAGCACCCGCCAGCCGCAGUUCUGCUGCUCGUGCUCGGGUCGCUGAUGACGGCGUCGCUGGGCGCCCUGGUGGCGUGCCGCGCGCGCGCCGCCCGCCGCCGCCGGCGCGCCCACCCGCGCCUCGCGCUCGACGCCGACUACCUGGUCAACGGCAUGUACCUC